AUGACGCCCCCUCCCUGGCUGUGGGUGGCCCCGGUGUGCGUGACGCUUACCUCCUGGAGCACCUCCGGCCUCUGGUUAACAUCAGUGCAAGGAGCGAGUUUCCGAGGAUGGAAAGAGGUGACGUCCCUGUUUGACAGCGAGGACGAGCAGCACCUGCUGGGGGCCCCGGAGUCCCCCAGGUCCCAAGGAACUCACCUGCGGCCGAGAGAGGAGCCGAAGACGGAGAAGAAGUCGGGGUUCUGGGAGCACUUGGCUUUGAAACAGAAUACCCAGCCUAAGAAGCCAGAUGAGAUCGAAGGCUGGGAGCCUCCAAAACUUGCCCUUGGCAACAUGGCAGCCGAGGCAGGUGACACCGUGACUGACUGCCCGAGCCGGCCAGGCUGGGAGCCGGGCGCCAAGGGCUCAGGCGGGUACAGCAGCCUGGCCGGCUCAGCACACGCCUCCCGCUGGAGCCUCAGGUCGGCCGGCCGGGCGGUCAGCAUCAGACGCCAGGGCAGAGGCCACCUGAUGGGGGACUGGGAGGAGCUGGAGUGACCGUCAGAGGGGACGCCGGGGCCAAGCUUGGAACCAGAACCUGCCACAGGAGCAGCUUCGCCUCACGUCACACGGGGCGUCUGCUCCAGUGUUUCCAGUCGCUGACCUUGCCUGUGGGUCUCCCCUGGCCCUCCGCCCUCACAUGCCCCCACACGGGCUGUGGGCGGUGCCUUACUGGGGACGCGUCUGCCGCGUCCCAUGUGUGGCUGACACUGGAGAUGUGAAUUUUGAUGCUGUCCCCUAAGACAGCAGCUAUGAUGUCCAGCUCGCCACACGGUGUCCAUGCCAUCCUCAGCUGUCUUUUGGUGACACGAUGCCUUCCUCCCGCAGGUGUCCAACUGGUGACACGCCGGCUCGCUAUGCCGCUCGCCAUGCGAGUGUCAAAUCUCAUUUCACCUGGAAAAGCUUUUUCCUAUUAAAUUUAAAACGUGUAAACGAAUGUGCUAGAGAAGCAGAGGUUCCUUCCACGUGACCGGCACGAAGGCCGCGCUGUCUGCAGAGGCCGCCGCCUCCCGCGGGUGGACGGUGACAGUGCAGCCCCUCUGGGGGCUUUGUUUUCCCUUCUGGGCUUCUACAUAUUGAUCUUUAUUUUCUUCUAAAGUUUUGUUCUUUUCUGAUUAUAGAUUAAAGAAUGCUGGAUCAAUUUUAGUAACUUAAUGCUCUUAAUUUUGUUUGGAAAAUGGUAACUUGCUCAUUGUAGGGUUAAAACUGUGUGAAACGCUGCAAGUGCCUCUUUUCUAUAAAACGCAGGACUUUCUCAACAGGAGACACAAAGGCCUGCUGGCCGACUGGGCGGCACCGCUUUCUAGACGUGCUCUGUCCUUGGCAACGUGCCCCCGUGUCCGGUACCGCAGGUGUGUGUCCCGGGCAGGACAGCUGUCGUCAGCUCUUAGGCAAUGGUCGUGUGAGAGAAAAGGUUAGGAUUUUCGUUCGUUCGUUUUUGGUUAAAAACAGCGGGUUACACUGUGCGUUCCUCUCAUGAAGGACGUGGGUGUUUGGGGCGUGCUCGGGUGGGAGCCGUGGGCACGCCUGCUGGCAGGGGUCCCGAUGGGCAGCAGCAUCUGUCACCCGUCACCCGCUCUGUCCAUCCACCCCCUGCCUUUUCCAGAAGAACGAGGUUACUCGACUGAGCCUUCAAAGGGCCGUGUUGUGAGUGGUGUCGAAACCGAAGUCCAGUCGUGCUGGGACCUGGACGGCAGGGUCCAGAGUCCUGUCUCCUCAGGUGAACGGUCCGGCGUGCAGCCCACCCGAGCAGCCCACCCUGGACCGAGGGCAAAGCCGCUGAGGUUGGAACGCGCACUGUCACCCGCAGAGAUGGAAAACGGCUCCUCUCCUCGUGCCUGAGAAAUGAAAAUAACUGUGCGUGCUCUAGGAGAAAAGUAUUUUUUCUUCAUAGAAUUUACCAAAGCAACUGUUUUGUUCACAAGUUGAGAGAAAUGUGGUUUUUAGGGUUUUUGUUCGAAUUUUGUAUACGAACAGCUGUGAGGAGCAAACGGCUGCUUCUGUCCCGCUGACGUGGAGUGGUGGCUUCAAAGGUCGAACUCAUCCUCAGUGCUGAGGGUCUGAGAAAUGAAGAUGUCGUUUCUGUCCUCGUCCCUCGUCAGCUUGCAUGACUGCGGGGGCAUCUUAGCCGUCAGUGCUUGCGGCGACGUCGCAACUCAGAGCUAAUGGCACUUCUGACACUUUAAACCUCAUUUUAAAAUGCAAACCAUCUAUGCAAAUUGUUCUCAUGAAUAAAUGGCUGGUUUCUGCCUACG